AUGGCUGGUCUGCAUGCAUUAUCCGCGCGGAUGCCCCUGCGGCAUACAUAUCUGAAGCCAAGCCGUCGCUUCUCCACGUCUUCAUGGCGGGCCAGGUAUGCGGCUACCCUUCCUAAUUUAAAGAUUGGGGCGCAUACGAGGGUUUUGUUUCAGGGGUUUACGGGUAGACAGGCCACGGCAAACGUCCAAGAAUCCCUAGCCUGGGGAACUAAGAUCGUUGGCGGCGUGAAGCCAGGUGUCGAAGGCGAGCAUCUGGGACUUCCCGUGUUCCCGUCAGUCCGAGCAGCCCAGCAAAAAGCCAAACCAGACGCAUCAGCUAUCUACGUCCCCGGAAACCAAACCGCUCGGGCAAUCGAAGAAGCUAUCGAAGCGGAGAUCCCGCUCGUUGUUGCUGUAGCUGAGCAUGUCCCGAUUCAUGAUAUCUUGCGGAUCCACUCCAUGCUCCAAACCCAAUCCAAAACCAGACUCGUCGGCGCAAAUUGCCCCGGCAUUAUCUCGGCCAUUGGCAAAUGCCGCAUAGGGUUUCAGCCAUUGCCCUGCUUUGCGCCUGGUAAUGUAGGCAUUGUCGCUAAAUCGGGGACUCUGAGUUAUGAAACGGUGGCAUCCACCACGCGUGCUGGACUGGGACAGAGUCUGUGCAUUAGUAUGGGCGGUGAUGUGUUAGCGGGGACGAAUUUCGUCGACGCCCUGAAUAUAUUUGAGAAGGACCCUGACACAGAGGGUAUCAUUCUUGUUGGUGAGAUUGGUGGUACUGCGGAGAUGGAUGCUGCGGAGUGGGUUCGGGAUUAUCAGCAACGUUGCGCGAAUCCUAAACCGAUAAUGGCUCUCAUCGGUGGACUGGAAGCUCCUCCUGGCCGAAUCAUGGGCCAUGCCGGCGCUUGGGUAGCUCCUGGUGAACCUGAUGCGAGAGCUAAGUAUCAAGCUCUGGAACGUGUUGGCGUGACCAUGGUCAAUCAUCCAGAGAAAUUUGGCGAGGGGAUGAGGUCUCUUCUGUCUCGCAGGGCGGCUACCAACCCCAGCUCAGCCAUUAACCAAAAACGAGGGAUCCAUACCAUGAGACGAAUCUCGCUCACACGCCACACCAGUCCCAAUCUAUCACAUCCCCAGAAAGUCCAAACCCGCUCUCUCUACAUAAAACCCCACCAAGCCCUCGAUAUGCUAAAGCAAAAAGCCCUCACAGUCCGCGAGACACCACCCUCCGAACUAGAAUCUAAAUCCAGCUUCUCUCUCUCUCUCUCCGUCGACAGGACAGCCCUAACGCCCUGCUUCAUCGCCUCUGCAACACCAGACUUCAGCCCAGCGAAAUCCCGCAAAUUCCCCUUCCCAUACACAACCACUGACCUAAAAAGCAAGAAGAAUCCACUUGUUAAAGAUAUUGCUGCGAAGCUGCGCCUUCCUGAAACGGCGCAUCCUCGACUAGCCACUCUCGUGCAAGGGUUGUGGAAGAUUUUCCGGGAGAAAGAGGCGUUUUCGUUGGAGGUUAAGGUGUAUCCUUCUGCGGAUGGGAAAUUGGAGGUAUAUGAUGCGCGGUUUGGAUUCGAUGAUGCUGCGUAUCGGAGUGCUGGACGGCAGGAAGAGGUACAUAAAUUACGGGAUAUGAAGGAGGAGGUUCUUGAGGAGGUUGUUGCUGAGAAGGAUGGGAUUGUUUAUGUCAAACUCGAUGGCGAAGGUAGCAUUGGCACACUAGUCAAUGGCGCCGGCCUCGCCAUGAACACCGUCGACGCUCUAACAAUCCACGGCGGCCACUGCGCCAACUUCCUCGACACAGGCGGCAAAGCAACCUCCCAAACCGUCAAGUCAUCAUUCCAAAUAAUAACUUCAGACUCGCGCGUCAAAGCCAUCUUCGUGAAUAUCUUUGGCGGAUUGACGCGGUGCGAUAUGAUUGCUGAGGGGAUUAUACUUGCGUUUCGGGAUUUGGGACUGAAGGUGCCUGUUGUGGUUAGGUUGAGGGGGACGAAUGAGGAGGUUGGGCAGAAGAUGAUUGCCGAGAGUGGCCUUUCUCUCCACGCAUUUGAUAGUUUCGAGGAUGCGGCGAAGAAGGUGAUUAGUCUUGCUAGUGCGUAG